GAAUAUAACCGGAGGAUCCAGCGGCAAAACGCACUCAUUACACCACUAUCAAGCAAUGGCAAUGCAGCAGAUGCAAGAGCAGGAGCAAAAGAGUUCGGCGCGAAAAGCUGCGGCGAGUGGGCAGAACCACGCGUCUGUGGGUGCUGCCUCCUCCAGCGGCGCAAGCAGUAGUGGUUCCGCGUCCUCCUCUUCAGCUUCUCGAGGCGGCGAGCAGCAGAGUGGUGAUGGUCCGAUGCCUCGAGGCAACGAUCCAGGUAGUAUUCCAGUGAUGUCUCGGAAUCCAAGCGUGAGUAGCAACCAGACUCCCGGACGCCGAGAUCAGCCAGAGCAGGCACGAUCCAAUCACCAGAGUGGUGAUAGUUUAGCCAGAGCCGACGACGGCAGGAGCAGCGCUCCAAACAGGACGCCGGCUGCUCCACAAGGACGACAAGGCGCACCAUCGUCAGCAACAGAUCAAAGGCCGCUCCGUGACGGCACCGCUCCCUCGCGCACGCCAACGAAUUCUGCGCAGGAAUAUACUGCCGAGAAGAGAACACCUGCUCAGAAUGAGGCAGCACCAGAGCAGCGAGAGGCGCGUCGUGGUCCUGACAAAAGCAGCUUGUCCUCUCAACCUGGUGGAGCGGAAAGUAGUAGGAGUAGGGCGACGCGCCCAAGUCAUACCGAAUCAUCUGUGUCGGGAAAAUCCUCGCCCAGCGAUUUUGGUUCUGCGGUCACACCCACAGAAUUUCCUGGUGGGAACCACGGGGCCCGAAGCGACUCCACCGCGGGCACGCAGCACGGCGGAAGUUCUAGUAGUCGCGCAACUACGAGUUCAGGACGAAGCACUGGAGGCACAAACACAACGGCGCAUCCUGCCGCUGCAAGUGAUGGCCAAGGAGGCAGCAGGGGGAAUAAUCGAGAAACAAGUACUAGUACUGUAACCGCAAGCAUGGAUGGUCUUGGUGGUGACGGAGCACCCAUAGCGCGAGCACCUCAACAGAAUAAACGGCUCGAUCCACUAAGGCUGUCGGCUAUUGCGCAGAAAAAUCUCAUACAGGAGGACCCAAGUCGCGAACCUUGGGAUCCGCAGGACCUGAAACUCCAAGGUUUUGAUCAAGAACUCAAUUUCUCCGAAGUGCAGCCAGCACACGUGGUGGAUCGAGGAGGCCCGCUUAUGGCAACACGGCUAGCGAGCGACUCCCGUCACAAACCGAUACCUUCACCAGAGCUGGUUUCACGCGGCGUCAAGACAAUGUACCACACGCAUUUUCUAGACGUUAGAGUUGUGUUUUCGUGCCGAAGUAGUUGAUGCUAUCUUCAUUGUGCAUUAGGCAAUUCGGAAGCAUGUAGUCGACAGUCCAAAGUGUUGCGACAGCUUUGUAUCAAUCCACACGCGUUGACAUCAUUGAUCAUCAAAUUCUUCAGGCCACGGCAGAUGCAUAUGGUGAACAAUUUAGUGGCAGCUGGGGCUGCAGCUACACCGCCACUUGCUGGAAAUCGAACACAAGUGCCAGGCUCGACUGGGUUCGGUACACCAGGAGCAGUUUCCGGCAAAGGUGGGAAACAAGUUCCGGCAACGUCUUCGAACAAUCCAGGUACCGUAGACCAGCAAUCUCGCGGGUUGUCACGGCAGCCGAGCACAGGCAGCCAGGUCACCGGCACAAACCUUGCGCAAGACUGCGACCGGCCUGAGAAAGAAGCGUCGGCACACGGAGGAGCCGCGAGUGCAGCUGCUGGUGGGAGCGCAGAGAGCGCAUCGAGCAGUAUUGGACGGUCGCAGGCGGGUAAACAGACCGAUGCUAGUCCCGGUCUGAGCCCACAGCAGGGCCGCCCGUCAUCGGCGGCACCACUAGGACUCGCGGGCGGUCCGGCGUCAGGUGCAGGAGGGCGCACGACCGGGAUGCGUGCGCCGGGCGGUGACGCGCAGCAUGGCAGCACUGUGCGCGGACCAGACACAGAGCGUUCUGAGCAACAAGGCGCAUCUUCAGGAAGCACCGGCAUGAGAAAAACGAACUCAAGCUCUUCUGCCAUCACUCCAGGAGCAUCUCGCGGGGAAUCUGUAGUGCAGCCAGGAGCCUCAGCAAGUCAGAUUAGCAGCAGUGGUGCUCCCCUCAGUCCACAGCGCAGACAAGCAUCCUCAGCGGGGGGGAUUCGGCGUUUGAGUACAGAAGUGUUGCAAAAAUGCCGCUCGAUUCUUAGUCAUGUCGAAACGUCUGUGAAACCGAUUAGCAACAAUCCUUGCAUCGAAACCACCACACCUCCGCAAGUCACGAAUCUUGCCCUUUUACCAUUCAAGCCGCUUGCUCUUGAAGAUGUUUUCGUAUGCAGCAACCAGGAAUUAGAAGUUUUUCUGACGAAAGUUUACAAAUGCAUCGCGCAAGGGAGUAUAGAGACCAAGAUAAUGACGCUCAUAUAUCUCGAAAACCUCUGCGGGCAUAUGCAGGUACUACGACUACACACUAUGUUGAUAGCUCGGCACAUAAAGAAAAUAACUGCUGAGUUUUCUCUCGUCUUAGGCUAGUCCCUUCAACCAAUGCCUAUGAAGCAGAAGUCAUUACUUGGAAUCAUUUUGGGUUGUUGAACAGUUGAUUGCGCUUCCGAAAAUUCAUUUAAACGACAUGAAGAAAUAUCUCCACAGGUAGCGGACCUGGUGGUGAACUCGUCACUGCUGAAGCUGGUACUUAAGAUGGUCCGAGUUCGCAGCGUCGAAUUGCGUAUGCGUCUGUGGACAUUGAUAGGGCAGUUGUUGAGGCAUGCGACGUUCUUAGAGCCGAGCAUCGUCGACUUGGGAAUUUUUGAAGCACUAACAGAGGCGGUAAAGGACAAAGCAGUACAGCGAAAAGCAGCAGCUGCUCUGGGCGAGCUUCUCUUUUACGUCGCAACGCAACCACCAACGCAGCCAGUUGCAGACAAAGCAGGAGUGCAGCAGAGUACUCUUGUCCAUUCAAAGGUUGUGGUGUAGGAGGUAGCUCGCACCUGCAGUUGGUGCAACGGUGCACGCGUUGUAUUCAAGAGACCUUGAAGUCAUAUUUACAGUAAAUGGGUAUGUCAAAUGGAAAGAACCUCGCGGAGGCUUUUAUUGAAGUGUUCUCUCCCAAAUAAAACAGCAGCGCAGCCGUCACGUUGGCGCGUGCCCAGUAGUACGCUUGCUGAGGUCAUUGAACUCAUUCUUGGCCAGGGUGGCGAUGAGGUCGUGGCUCAUUAUGCUGUAAAGACUUUAGAGAACAUCAGCACGCAGGCGCCGCUGGUCGCUCAAAAGUGGUUUCUGACUUCACACGGCACCGCACUGGCAGAGGCCUUACACUCUUACGUGGUCGACGAUGGCCGUGACGAAAACUUUCGAUUGACUUGUCUCGGUGCGCUAGCAAUGCUGGCGCGAAUUGCACCUGGGAUAGCAGUCAAAGCCUUGACUACAAAAGAGCCCGCGGACAUCCCUGCCGCAAACGGUUCUGGUGAGUCAAAUAAGCAAUUUGAUUCCGGCGGAAGCCUGUCUUCAACCUCUGUGUCAGUGCAAGGAACACCAGAUUCGAGUGGAGCAGUAGCAUUAAGUAGCACUACCUUAGGAGAUUCUUCGUCCUCGAGUAAGAGUUCUUCUGCUUCAACAUCAUCUUCUUCAAGAAUAGACUUCAGCGCAGUCUUUGCGGCGCUGUCGGGACCUCUUGCGCCACGCGGAAUUUCCUCGGCAUUUCAUCUGCUCUUAGCCCUAUUGCUACAGAAAGAUCUGUUGCAGAGCGUGAGAGGGCAAGAUGCCCAACUAGAGCAAAUUACACUCCACUUGCUGCAUCUGACAGCCCAGACGCGCGGAAAUUCCGUUUUCCGGGGCAAAGCCAUGCUCCUUUUGGCGCUGUUGGCGUUUGUGGACGUGCACUUCUUGCUCCUGGCCUUCGAAAACCACUUGGGCAGCUACAUCGAGAAAACUUGCGCGCGGGAACUUGGGAAGGACGGCGCACAGCCGUCCUCGGCCUCAGGAGGUCAGGGAAACAGCGCUGCCUCAAUGAAGGAUCGGUACGUCACGCAGUGCGUGCACAUGACCACUCUUGUGCUGACGAAUCUGAUGUGUACUUUUCUCGCGAAUUUGGGCAGCGAGAUGAAACGCGCAUCCUUGAGCACGAAAAACGGCAACGCGAAUAGCAGCCUCGUCCAGCACUACACGCGUCGGCUCCAUCUACCUAGUUACUUUUUGAGUUGUGCUCCUUUGCGCGGUUGCGCUCUGAAUUCGCGCACGCUGCCAUACCUCACCCUUCUGGUGAGCCUAGCGAAUCUACCCCAGUGGCGGGCAACGACCGCACAUCGCGCGACGCUGCUGAUGUGCGAGAACGUGUCGGCACAGGUGCCGGUACUCCUAGACUGCAUCGCCCCGACGCUGCAGUUCCUCAACGCCAUCGCCGCACUCCUUUCUGCCCAAAGCAACGAGGAAAGCAUGUUCUUAGCGCUGCGGUGCUUCGGUGAUAUUGCCAUCGCGUUGCUAAACGAAGACAGAAAUAAUCCAGCGAAAACGGGUUCUCAAACGGGGCGCACAAGCAAGGGGUCAACCGGCAGUGGCACGUCAGUCACCUCUAAGGAUUCGCCUGCUUCAACUAGCAAAGACUCUGCUUCGAAUAGCAAGGACUCUUCAACGUCGGGGUCGAACAAACAUGACUCUUCAACACUGUCAAGCAAGGAUGCAAAAGAGACCGAGGGCUACGCAGAACAAUUGUAUCAGUUGCUUGCGCAGAAAUUCUUUCCAAAAGUACCGGUGCUCAUAGCCUGCGCCGAUCCUGUCCCGACGCUGGCAGUUCGCCUUCUCUCGUGCAUUCUAGACGCAGAACACGUGCUGUCGCAUCCAGCUGGUUUUCAGAUACUAGCACCAGCAAUUCGACCGGUGAAGGAAACGAUCGUUUCGGUGCUCGCUGCACAGGUACUGCGUGUUUACUUUUGAUUCUGAGUACUCGUAACUACAGAUAGGUAUUGAUGUAUAACGGCUACGAAUUGAAAUUUCGUGAAGAUAGAUCCUGUUCCGGGUACAACUCCAUAGGAGCGUACAACUAGUCGCGAUUGACUUUCAUGAAAAUCAGCUUACAGUUAUGUAUAACCCUUCUCGGUAUCUUGAUCGUCUCAUGGACCUUCAGGUCACAAUGUCCGUUCACGGUGCGAACCUUGCGUGCUCGUUGUUGAGGCUAAAAGAGGUGUCUCCAGUGCAAUUGGCAGAGGUAAUUUUUCAAAUUGUUUUUGGAGCCAGUUCGUUUCUUUUCGUUUUGACCUUUAUUACAAGUUGAACAUCUCCACGGUCCGCGAUUUUCCGUUGGCUUCUGCAUGAAAGACGAGAAAGAAAUCCUAGGCACGUGAUCCUUUUUUUCGUUUUGUGGGACCAACAGGUUUACAUCCGCAUUUGCGAUUUGAUAUCCUCGAAAACACGGAGUUCGCGCGGAGAUGGUGCGCCUCUCGAUGCUGGACAUCUGGAUUCGCUAUUGUGUUUACUGGAUGUUGCUGCGCGCGAGUCCAACGCGGAACAAGCGCACGCUAUUAAACUCGCUGGAAUCGUGAUGCCGCUUCUGGCAGUGGUCUCAACAUCAAAUGGCCCCCUCGGUUCAUCACUUCUAGAACGACUCAUUCGGGUUUGCGAGCAACUUGCAGGCCUCUACAGCAGCAACGGUACUUCCACUGUCGUCUCGACUGGGUCGCCGCCUUCUUCAAGUAAAGCAACCGCAAAUGGCAGCACUAGCGCGCAAGGUUAAGAUGGAUCUCGAUCAUUCAUUCUCGUUCGGAUACUUCUACGCCUCCAUUCCGGAAUGGAAUGGGGAGAAAACCCCUAAAGACAAUGAAUCAUCGAAAGCUUCUCUAAGAAAAAUCGCCUGUGCAAGUGUCGGCCCGAAGCGUAGUGUUCAGAGGCCCGUGUACUAAGAACGCCGUUCGGAGUUUGCUUCAUCUCGCGGAGCGCACUGCUCGAGUUCUGCCAUUGGCACGCUGGGUGCUCGAUCGUUCGGAUGCCGCUUUAGCUCCUGAGUUACGCCAGCUCUUGCACAACAAAAUGGCGCAAGCUACGCCACAACCUUCGUCCUCGAGUGUUUAGUCCAAAAACUACGUUUUGAGAUUAGAAUUACGUCGGAAAAGCUUAUUGAGGACGUCAUCAGUUGCGGGCACACUAUUGACCCCAUCAAUUUUUGAAGAGCUUCCAAACGAGGUAUGCGCACUUCGUAUGUGAUGCUGUGAAAGCAUAAAUUGCCUGCCUUUCACAGAGUACGAUAUCCCUAGUCUUUUAUUUUCUGCGCAGUUAAAAGUUGGAGUGACAAGACUAAGUCUUCACGUCACCGACAGUCAAUUUUUUUGAAUUUUCUUUGCUGGGAGAUUCCUGUACGUAGUAGUCUUUGAAUUUCUUAUUCUCUUUUUUGUUUUCGAUACUCAAUAGGUUCUGCAAGUUACUCGUCUUCUUUUCUCAUGGUUUAUGGUUGGAAAGAUAGCAAUUUUCCAAUCGCUUGUCCCAACGAGGCAAGAGUUAGACUUCUACUUAAAUGCUCAAAGAAAAUAGAUAAUCUCAGGACAAUUCACUAUCUUUGCUAACAUUAAGUGACAAGAUUAUGGGGGAAAAAUUCCGUAUUUCAAACAUUCUUAGUUUUCAGAUAUUCGUAUUACUACUUGAAAAAGGGGAGUAGAAACACUUAAUAGAUUUUCGAUUUUUCAUCCUUUUCACUCAUUUUUACGCAGUUAUCGGGGGUUGGUGAGAUUUAGAGGCCCCCAAGCCCAAGUGUUACCGCUGUGAUUGAUAUCACCCUGGCAGAGAUAACAACUGAAUGUACCCAAUACUUAUGAUUCCCUAUUACUAGCUUAUCGGGAUUUCGGUCAUCGCAUUGUAUUACCAAAAUGAACCCACUUUUCUAUUACAAGAACCAUUUCAGCAUAUAAUGUACUAAUUCUUUCAUAAAUCUUUCAAGGCAGGGUUUUGCAGAGAAAACUGUAGUACCAUGCGCACCUCUUCAAAGCAGGGGGUCGUAUGGAUGGGGGUCUAACUCUGAUCAAAAUGUAACAAAGUAUCUACAUCACAUGCGCGUAAGAAAGAGUAGAAUCUGCAAUAGAGAAAAACGACUGCAAUGAUGUCGGAGCACCG